UGUCGCUUUCUCCGGUUAGUCUCACCGCCUGGUUGCUUAGUAAUACCACAGCCGUAAUACCACAGCGUUACUCUAGCACUUUUUUCCCCUCUCGUUUUUUUUUUUUUUUUGGUUUUUUUUUUUUCUGUUUAUCUGAAGCCAACCAUUACUUAAAUGCAACGCUCCAACGUUAGACGGAAUAUGUGGUUCUGAGUGGCGCAUUUGAGCUCUCCUGACCGAGAAGAAGCGCUCAGUGGAAAUCGUUCUGAGGGCUCAUGGAAAACAUCCGCGAUUCAUGGACGUACAGAGCAUCAUGAGAAUACUACAACUGCCAACAAGGGAGGACCUGGCAUGGACCGCUGUGUCUAAAUGAAGUGGUUCAGCCAUGCAAUGUUCCUGGAAGGCAGUGAUUCUGCUGGCCUUGGCCUCCAUUGCCAUCCAGUACACGGCCAUCCGAACACUCACCUCCAAGCCUUUUCAGCUGUGCCCAUUGCCCAGCCCCCAAAACUGUGGCCUGGGGGGCCAGGAGACUGAGCCUCCCUUUGAGCGGGGAACAGCAGGUGGUGGAGGCUGUGACGACUACCCUUACUUUUCCAUCAAUGCCACACGUAAAACACACAUAUUGGUCCUGGCAACGACACGCAGUGGAUCCUCCUUCGUUGGCCAACUGCUCAACCAGCACCAAGAGGUUUUCUAUCUGUUUGAACCUCUUUAUCACGUUCAGACCACACUGAUUCCACGUCUGUCACAUAGCCGCAAUGCUGCUGACCGGCGUGUGAUGUUGGGCGCCAGUCGAGACCUUCUGCGUAGCCUGUAUGGUUGUGACCUGUAUUUCUUAGAGAGCUAUAUCAAGCCAACGCCCAUGAACCACACCACAGACAAACUGUUCCGUCGUGGUGCCAGCCGCGCAUUGUGUCAGCAACCUGUAUGUGACGCCUUCGGGCCUGCUGAUGUUAACGUGGAGGAAGGGGACUGUGUUAAGAAAUGUGCAACUCUAAAUAUGACCUUAGCAACAGAGGCAUGCCGCGAGAAGAGGCAUGUGGCAAUCAAAAUUGUUCGGGUUCCAGAGAUUGGGGAUCUGCGUGCUUUGGUUGAAGAUCCACGGCUGAAUAUCAAAGUGAUUCAACUUGUCAGAGACCCACGUGGUAUCCUGUCAUCGCGGAUUGAGACAUUUAGGGAUACAUAUCGUCUGUGGCGUAUUUGGAGGGCCACAGGGAGAAGGCCCUAUAAUCUUGACUUGAGUCAGCUCACGGUUGUCUGUCAAGACUUUCUCAGCUCUGUUUCAACUGGUCUCAGCCAUCCUUACUGGCUGAAAGGGAAAUACAUGUUGGUUCGAUAUGAGGAUUUGGCUAGAAAUCCUCUUCUUAAGACAAAGGAGAUCUAUGACUAUCUGGGGCUGCCAAUGGAUAAAAAUGUGGAAGACUGGAUACAUGCAAACACUCGGGGCAGCAACGAUCCUUCAGCAAAACACAAGUUUGGUACAGUGAGGGACUCAGCAGCUAAUGCAGAGAGUUGGCGCUUAAAACUGUCUUUUGAUAUGGUGGAAUACACACAGACUGUGUGUCAAAAAGUACUUCACCAGCUUGGAUACAAGGCUGUGAAAUCAGUAGAGGAACUGAAAAAUAUGUCCCUCUCACUGGUACAGGACAAAACUUUUGUACCAUUUUUGUAACAAAGAUAGUUCUCUAAUGACUAUUUUUGAUAUAUUUAUAAUUGUUGCCUUAUAAGUUCCUUAGUUUGUUUUGUUUCUGUAUUUCUUUCUUCAAAUUUGCACUAAACUUUAAAGAUUUUGAAUGCACCAGGGGAACUAUGGAUGACUUCCCAACGUUACAAACAGCACAUUUCAAACACAAAAUAAUCAAACAAGCUAGUUUACAAGCGCCCCAUGAUUUAGUUUUGUCCACUGGUAGAAUUGAGACAAGGUACUGUCUUCAUCAAUUGUCUUAUGCAAGAUGAUGUUUUGAAAAAUCUAAGGUGUUCCUGUUAAAGAAGAAAAAGACAUUUUUUUUUUAGACCUGUGAUGGCAAAAGUUUGACUGUACAAACCCUACUGUGCAAUAAAUAGUGAAUGUCGCAGUCGA